GGGAACAAGAAAUAGAUCUCCCCCACUCACCAAUUCAUCAUGGAGAUAUUGAGCUCUCAGAAACGAAUGCUUGAACACAUGAUGAAGGUGGCAAGCUCAAUGAACAUUUCACUUCUCAUACUAAAAAACAACUUGAAGAAUACACACUGAACCAUGUGAAGCUGCAUACUCAGAUUCCUGAUCAUCCCCCUUAUUCAUUUGUACUUGUCUUUAUUAUCAUCAUUUUUCUAUAAAAUGAAUUCUCUUUACCAUAUCUUGUCCAUUUCAAUGUGUAGAUGAAACAAAGGGCAAUCGAGGAGUUGAAUCAAACUAAAGGAUCAAAAACUUUGUGAUAUAGGUGAAAUUGUUAUUACUAAUGAUGUCGACUAUGCGUUUGAGCAAGGUGAUUCUUCUUUAUAAACAAGGAUCAAGAUGCAGAGAGGUGACAACAUCAUCAGAAUCCGAACAACCCUCGGGUUUGAUCGAAGAAACUUCUGAAUUAGGCAUCUUUAUGGGCAAAAGACUCAUCAAAACUGGUGUGUUCAUACUGUCCAUGGACGACUGCUUGCUUUGUGAAUCAGAAUCAGACCAGAGG